AUUAACAAUUAACAUAACCUCACUUUUUGACAAUCAUUGCGACAUGAUAUUUUCGAACAAAAAGCAAAAGUACACCAGUCACACUCCAAUAGUUCUUGUUCUUACUAAUUAAAACGUGAAACUAUCGCAUUUGGGUGUUUACUGCAAAAAUAAAUCCGCGUUAACCUCAUUUUUUUCACACAUAACCUCAAAUUCUCACAUGUAUCAUUGCGAAGGUGACACUCAUAGCAGCAAGAAUGGUUAAACCUCCGACUUUCGAGGUGGUAGCGGGCACCUACGAGGAAUUCCUGCUGGGCUACACCUUCUCGUCAAAGGAAAAUUCGUUGACUCAGAGCUUCGCCGCCCAUGACCACGCCGCCAGCGUCCGCUGUGUGGCCAUUUCCGGCCAGUACUUGGCUUCAGGGGGCGCCGAUGACCGUAUCUUCAUUUACGACUUAAAAACUCGCAAACAACAUUUCACGCUGACAAACCACAACUCCACGGUCAACUGUUUGGAAUUUACCGACAACCACUCACACCUCAUUAGUGGAAGCGCCGACGGUGUGCUUGCUAUAGUGCGUGUGGGGAAUUGGCAGUUGGAGAAAGUGUGGGAGAAGGCCCAUAAAGGUGCGGCUAUUUUGGAUGUAGCGGUGCAUUCUUCAGGAAAGUUGGCUUUAACGUUAGGUGCUGAUUGUAGUUUGUGUACGUGGAAUCUUGUGAAGGGGCGACAGGCGUACGUUAUUAAUUUGAGAAGUAAAUGUAAGGAUGCUAGAAGUUUGGAGAAAAUAUUGUGGGCACCGGAUGGGGUGAGGUUUGUUUUGUAUGGAGGAAAAUACACAGAAGUGUGGAGUGUUGAAUCUGGGGGGUUUUUGACUCAGAUUGGGCAUAAAGAAAAGGUGACAGCGUGUCUGUGGAUGGAUGAUGAGAUGUUGUUAGUGGGGCAUGAAAAUGGUGAGAUUUCUGUUUUAAACAUAGAGGAAGGGAAAGUUAUAUCUUCAUUCCAAGCACACGACAGUAGAGUCAAGUCUGUUGGUUUGUUUAAAAAACGCAUUGUCUCAGUGUCCAGUAAUGGGGAGAUUAAAGUUUGGAAUAGAAACCAUGAAGAAUUGGCUGUUGUUGAUAGUGGAUGUAGACUCACGUGUGUCUGUAUUGUGCCCCCAAUUGAAGUAAAAACUGAGGAAAAUCCAGAAGAAAGUGUGGUUGAAAUUGAAUUAGAACCAGUUGAAACAAAGAAAAUAAAGAAAGCACAAGUUGUUGAAAUAGUAGAAGAUGAAGAUGAAGAUGAAGACACUCCAGUCAAAAAGAAAAAAACGAAGAAAGUAAACGAGGGACAGGUACCUAAAAAAAAAAAGAAAAAACGUUUAAAUCCAACUAGAGAAUAAAGAGAUUCUAUUUAGAUAUGACUUUCAAUAAACAUAUAUGGAACAAUAUAA